UCAACAACCUCUGCAUGAGACUAGAUUACCGAUCCACUGAAAAAUGGAACACUCUACACUGAAAGAAAUCGAAAUCCCAUCGGGAGACAAGAAGUUGAUUGAGGUGGAUAUGCGAUCCUCCCGGAACUGGAAGCGCAAUGCCUCCAUGAAUGCCAUCAACAACAUAGCCAACCCCAAGGCAGGGACCGAGCCCCUCUAGUUGUUCAUGGCACAAUGCACCCCGGACCGUCGACCGACCCUACCUCUACGACCGAACUAUAUCAUACCUGCGCACGAGGUUCCCUGGAUGCCAGCGAUCGACUUCAUCGCAGUACCCUAUAUGGCUGUACGGCAUCGCCCAAACCGAAUGGAGUUAUUCCGAUGCGAAACUGAAUGCGCCGUACCAACCAGUAGGAGGAGUGCACGCCGAAGCAUCAGAACAGGGACUCGAGUCCCGCCUCAAGGAUUCGCUGACGACGAGACGAACAACCGACUGGUGAUCAUGAAAAAAACCAGGCGUUAUUUCGAUGGUACGAUAGUAACUACUCGAUGACAAACGUGUCGACCAA